UUCCAGGAAAGCAUCCGUUAAGGAUUCUGGAAAGGACAGUAUCUUUUGUUCCAGUUCAUGAUGGAUUGGCUUCAGCUGUUCUUCCUCCAUCCUGUAUCACUUUAUCAAGGGGCUGCUUUUCCUUUUGCGCUUCUCUUUAAUUAUCUCUGCAUUAUGGAUUCAUUUUCCACUCAUGCCAGGUACCUGUUCCUCCUGGUGGUAGGAGGAGCCCUGGCAGUAGCCGCCAUGGGUUCCUUUGCUGUGCUGGUCUUCAUCCCCGCUCUGUGCACCGUGGUCCUGAUCCACUCGCUGGGCCCCCAGGACGUCCACAGACUGACUUUCCUCUUUCAGAUGAGCUGGCAGACGCUUUGCCACCUGGGUCUGCACUAUACGGAGUAUUAUCUGCAAGAAGCUCCUUCCACGAGGUUCUGUGUCACUCUUUCUUCCCUCAUGCUCUUGACCCAGAGGGUCACAUCCCUGUCUCUGGACAUUCGUGAGGGGAAAGUGGCAGCAGCUGCAGCAGCAGGAGGCAUCAGGAACAGGAGCUCUUUGUCUGAGCGUCUGUGGAAGGCUCUGCCCUAUUUCAGCUACUUGCUCUUUUUCCCUGCUCUCCUAGGAGGCCCCCUGUGUUCCUUCCAGAGAUUUCAGGCUCGUGUUCAGGGGCCCAGCAGUUUAUAUCCCAGGCACUCUUUCUGGGCUCUGACCCGGAGGGGUCUGCAGAUUCUGGGACUAGAGUGUCUGAAGGUCGUGGUGAGGCGGGCGGUGAGUGCAGGGGCAGGACUGACGGACUGCCGGCAACUGCAGUGCGUCUAUGUCACGUGGUCCACUGCCGGGCUCUUCAAACUCACCUACUACUCCCACUGGCUCCUGGAUGACUCCCUCCUCUACGCAGCGGGCUUUGGACCUGAGUUUGGUCAGAGCCCCGGUGAGGAGGGAUACAUCUCUGAUGCGGACAUCUGGACGCUGGAAACAACCCACAGGAUAGCCCUGUUCACCAGAAAGUGGAACCAGAGCACAGCUCGGUGGCUCCGACGCCUCGUUUUCCAGCAGGGCAGGACCUGGCCCUUGUUGCAGACGUUCGUCUUCUCGGCUUGGUGGCACGGACUCCACCCGGGACAGGUGUUUGGUUUCCUCUGCUGGGCUGUGAUGGUGGAAGCCGACUACCUGAUUCACACCUUUGCCAAUGUGUUCGUCAGAUCCUGGCCGAUGCGGGUGCUCUACAGAACUCUCACCUGGGCCCACACCCAGCUCAUCAUUGCCUACAUAAUGCUGGCCGUGGAGGUCCGGAGCCUCUCCUCUCUCUGGCUGCUGUGGAAUUCUUACAGCAGCGUCUUUCCCACGGUGUAUUGUAUUUUGCUUUUUUUUUUAGCGAAGAGAAAGCAUAAAUUUAACUGACAUCUUUCCCCAACUUUCAUCUCAUACACCCAUGAAACAGACCUUAGAAAGUACCAG